AUAGUUACCUCUCAAGAACAUUGUACAGUGAUUUAAUUUAUAAACAAUACAAUUUCUGUUUUGUUUCUUGGUUGUUUUGAUUGGUAGACUUAUUUUAUUUUGUCACAUGGUUAGAAGAGUCUUGACUUCUGUAGUCGUCAAAGAACUUAAAAGCACUUUAUUAUUUUAUGUGCAAACUUAAAUCAUGUGAAGAUGACGUGCAAAUGUUGCAAGACAUAAAUCAUCGUUGAAAUUUCAUUCUUGUCAUCCACCGACCCAAUGUCUUGAACAUCUAGCAGCUGGAAACAGAAAUAGCCGCAAGGAUGGGUGAGGAGGCGGCGUUAGACGACUCAGAUCUCUCGGACAUAGAGAUUGACGAUGAAAUCACAGAAGAGCUUAUGAAAUUGGAUUUCAUGGGAUCCAGCUCCGACGAAGAUGAAGAAGAGGAAGAGGAAAGGUUAGCUGAGGACAAGGAGGAUAAAAGGCUAGUGGAGGAAGAAAGACCGCAAAGAGGAGAUAGUUUGGAAAGAGAACUUGAAGUCAUGUUCAUGUCUCAAAAUGCUAAGGAAGUGCCUGGAGGGGUGGAGGAAGGGGCCAGCAAAGAUACAGGAUUGGAGAGUAUCUCUGACAAUGAGCUAGACGGUCCGGAAUCUGGAGAAUGUGAUACGAGUGACGGAGAACUGCCAGACAGUCCCAACAUAGUAGUGACGAUGCCCGAUACGCCGCCCAUCAACCACAUGCAAGGGAUAGAGGACCUGUCGGGUUCCAGCGACGUGGAACUAGUGGAUGAGUAUCACGGAAGAGAAGGAGAGUAUUACGAGAAACCUGCUAGAGAAGUGAUCAUCGAGAAGAGGGAGCUUGUUGUCAAGAGGAAAGAAAAAAGUCCGAGCAAAAGUAGAGAAAGGAUUAUUGAUAAAGUGAUGAAAGACAAGAAAAGCAAAAGUAAAAAGAAAAACGAAUCGGAAGGUACGGAAGAGGAAAAACGACGCUUAAAACUCGAAAAAUACAUGGCGAGAUUGGAAAUGUAUAGGGCUAAAUGUCGUGAGUAUAUGAAACAGAUUUCAAAGAAAACUGAACUCAUGAAAAAGAACGAGAGAAAAAAAAUUUUAAUAGAAAAGAACAAAAUCAAAAAGAGGAUUUCUGGUGAAGGUAACAAGUUGAAGUCCAUUGUGAAGGAAGUAGUCAGAGAUAAUUCACCUCAUAGUUCAACAUCGUCAAAGUUCGAGCGCAGCUCGCACUCGUCGAAAACAGACAAAUCUCCGCUCAGUGAAGUCCACACCAAACGAAGUUCCUCGGAUAAAGAGCGCAAGUCCAAGCACAAAAAACCUAAAAGCAAAUCCAGAGAAUUAAAAGAGCAUAAACUGUUAUAUCAGGAAUACUUACAUUACCUCCAAAUAGAGCGGCAGAAAUGUCUCGAAGAGGGAUUCCUUAAGUCAGAAAAACCUAAAAAGAUUAAGAAAAAGAAAUCAAAAUCUAAGAGUCCCGAAAAGAAAAAGGAAAUACCUCCUAAGAAGAAACAAACUCCUCGUCCUCCAAUUUUAUCUUUUUCUGAAUUUUGUAAUAACAGAGAACUAGUUUCACCUGAUAAAGAAAUUCCGCAACCUCCUGCCAAAGUAAAAGCUAGUGAUGAUGCACAAGUAAGGAAAGAAAGGACGUUAUCUGUAGACUCUGCAGCGACGACGGCUACAGUGAGGAGUGACCCAGCUGACGACGACAAGGAGUUGUUCAUCACAAUUACUGACCUCGAAAAACAAGACAAACAAAAAGAACAGAAAAGUAUAGAAGAAGACAAAGAGAAAAUCGAGUCUGAAUUAGAAAAGGAUCCAGAGCUGAAGAGUAUAUCAGUGUUUACCAGCGUACUAUUCAAGGGCGACUCUGAAUCAAAAGCCAUCCCUUUCUUGUCAUCCGAAUGCCGUCCAUCUAGUCCAAAGCUGACCGAAAUCAAACCAAAGAAAGCGUUCAUUCAAGAUACAGGUAUCGAUGAAAUAUACGAUAUGAACGACGAUCUUUCGAAUAUUUCUCAAUCUAGUCUUUCGCCGUCCAGGUCUCCCGUGCCUAAACUGCACAAUAAGGCGUUACUUAAUUUCCUAGAAAAUCAAAAAGAAAGGAAGGAGGGAUUGAACAAGAAAUCUCCAGAGAAGAAGUCAAAACCUUCCAGGUCGCGGUCUAAAAGUCCCAGGAGAGAAAGAUCGAGGUCGAAAAAACGAAAAAGAAAACACCAUUCGUCAAUAUCGACUGUUUCACCAUCUCCUCCUCCUCUCAGGCCGCGAUCUCCGGAGAAUAUCCAUAGGAAAAGGACUUCUCCUACGGCCUACCUCAAAGAGCGGUGGAAGGACUACCCGUCACCUCCCGAACACAGACUGGCCAAGAGAGAUCACAGACUGACAACUCUAGUCCGCAGACGAUCCCGAUCUCGGACACGCAAGGUCCACCGCAGCAGAUCGUCCAGUGAGGAGAGAGAGAGGCACUACAGACGGUACAAGUCCAGGUCCAGGUCUAGGUCCAGAUCCAGGUCUAGGUCUCCCCCAGUACUUACCAUGGUGCAACUGACGGCAACGGAGAAACGGCGCAAACUGAGGGAGGAUCACGAGCGGGCGCUGGCGUCGCUCAGGGAGACGAUACGGAAACCUUUGUCGACGACUCCAUUAUCCAUAACCAUCACCAACCAUGGAGGAGACAAUUUCGAGGCUAUCUGUGACAAUUACGACCCUGUAGUGAUGAACGAGGACAGUUCGUCCAAUUCUCCAUCGGAGGUGGAGGUGAUGGAGCCGUCACUGCCCCCGUUGCCUCCAGAGCCACCCCCACCCAAGCCAGCGCCGCCCUCGGUAGACAAGAGAGAAGACCUCACCACCUACACUUCCUUCCUACCCCUCCCCAACACAACACACACAGUUCCUCCCCCAAUGGGCUACGACCUUCCCUUCAACAACUGGUUACCCCCUGGGGCAGACAUGCACCCCAAUGUCAUGUUUCCUCCUCCUCAGAUGAUGAACUAUUCAAACCCUCCUCCUCAGCAGCAUUUCCCCUUCAUGAACCAACCUCCUCCACCCCUCCCUUACCAGAUGACCAUGCCUCCGCCUUGCCACCAACAUUAUCGUAUGCCGAAUCAGGCUUCCGGCAUGGUCGGCGUUCGGCAAGAAGUGAAAAAUGUUCCCAAUCCAGUAUUAACCAACGCUUUGAAUAGCAUUGACGAUCUAAGUACACAUUUGGAAGGAUCGAAAUGCAAACAUAACCCAUUAGGACAAAAUAAUCAGACAGUUCAAGAAGCCAUUGACAGUGUAAAAAAGUGCCUGAAGAAUUGUGACGCUCUAAAGAACAAAGAUCCGAGGCUAGCUGUGGUAGAAGGCAGGACAAAAUCCCCAGAAAGAUCGGAAUCCUCGACCAAAACUGAUGGAAAGAUUAAGAUUACUCUGAAUUAUAAACCUAGACCUGUGUCGGAUGUACAACAAACAUCUUUAUUUGAACCUACGGAUGAAGAAUCUGAUUCUAAAACUAUCAGGUCGAGUGAAUCAAGUAAAAAUUCUAAUAAUUACAGUGAAAAAAAUUCUAAAAUUGAAGAUAUUGUUUCCAAAUUAAAAGACAACAUUAACACAUGUUCCAGUGUAUCAUCAGAAGAGACAGAUAAAAAUGAACUGCAGAGGCAUUCAACUGCUGGUAAAAAUCCAGGCGAUGAGCCAUAUGAUCCUUUUAAUGUCAGCGAUGAGAUAAGCGAUUGUAGUGGAAAUAUUGAGGAAACUAAAACAAGCUCACCAAAUAAACAAAAUGAUAAAAGACAAACUAUUACAUUUAACGAUACCACACCCAAGCUAUCUCAGUCUGAGAUUGAGAAUAUCAAUGACCAAGUAAAUAAAUCUUUUGCUUUCAUACUUUCACACUCCAUUGAAAGAAAGCGUCUGACUCCAACCUGGUCAAAUAUUGUCUCAAAAAAGGCAGAAAAACAGAGGAAAUCUGAAUUUGAUGAUAAGAUCCAAUCUGUGACAAAACCAUCCCAGUUGAAUCAAGAAAAUCAACAAAGCAAUACAAAAACACCUGAAGUUGUUUCGUCUGUGAAAACAUCUCCAACUCUUGAAAAUGAAAUAGUUGAAAAUUCAAAAUUUGGUUCACUGCAAUCCAUCUCAAGGACUAAUUCCAAUAGGGGCAUUGAGAGAAAGAAUACCACAAAUAUUCCAACUGAGUUGGUAGCCAACAGUUGA